AUGUCGCUUUCCGAUAUCCAAAUUUUGUUUGCAGACGAAUCUAUUUCAAAAAUUGAUGUGAUGGGUAUUAAAUGUGUUUUGUAUAAUGCAAAGCAUUUUUCGAGUGAGAUUUACUUAGUGAGCGAUGAAGAGAGGAGAAAUUGGCACCAACUUACAAGACAUUCAUACCCUAAACCACUCAUCCUUCACGACGGAAGGCUAGCUUUCCGGCCGACGUUUGUGGUCGCACUUCUCAUGUUCGUGUGGCUCCCGUUCGGUCUCGCCCUCGCCCUUGUUAGAGCAAUCGUCUUCUUUACAGCGCCGCCCCAAAUCGCGCUAACGAUAUUGUGCUUCUUCGGGAUGCACCUUAGGGUUUGUAAGUCGAAGGCGUUCUCCAAAUUGGCUGCCAAAAAAAAGCCCCUUGAUAAGGGCAUAUUAUAUGCUUGCAAUCACAAGACCUUGUUUGACCCGGUCUUCAUUUACUACGGCCUCGGGACCCCAUUGACCGCGGUCACCUACGGCCUCAGUAGGGUCUCAGAGGCCGUGUCGGUCAUUGAGACGGUCCGGUUAACGAGAAACCGGGUCUGUGAUUCUGAAUUGAUGUGUAGGGUGCUAGGCCAGGGUGGGGACCUAGUGGUGUGCCCUGAGGGGACCACGUGCAGGGAGCCGUAUCUGCUGAGAUUUAGCCCUUUAUUCGCUGAGGUAAGCGAGGAGAUAUUCCCGGUCGCAGUGGAGUGCUGCGUCAGCAUGUUCUACGGGACGACAGCCGGCGGGUCGAAGUGGAUGGACCCGGUGUUCUUCCUCAUGAACCCGCGGGUAGCGUACGGGGUCCGGUUUCUAGAUGCGGUGCGUGGGGGCGUUGGCGGUGACGGAGAUUCGAGAUUUGUGGUGGCAAAUUUGGUGCAAUAUGAGAUUGCUAAGGCGUUAGGAUUUACUUGCACUAAGCUCACAAGGAAAGAUAAGUACUUUAUGCUGGCAGGAAAUGAUGGAAACUAUUUGUAA